AUAAUAUAACAAUGAUAUGAUGAUUGUUAUUAUUCGUUAUUUGAAUCUUUAGAAUAUUGGCUGCAGAAAAAGAAAGAAACAAACCUCUGUGCAGAAGAAGCAUAAUUAUAAUAAGAGCAAUGAUGGGAACAGUUGAUACAAGUGAUAGUGAGAAGGGAUUUGUGAUGAACCAACCCACAACCCCAUCAAUGGAGAUGUUAGAUGCAGAAGCCAAUAAGGAACUUGAUGCUGGAGCUAAGUUUGUUCUCAAAUCUAAAGGAUCAUGGUUGCACUGUGGGUACCAUUUGACAACAUCAAUAGUGGGACCUGCUAUUCUUACUCUUCCAUACUCAUUCACGUUGUUGGGUUGGGUUGGUGGAGUUCUAUGGCUCACGCUUGCAGCUUUAACCACUUUCUAUUCAUACAAUCUCUUAUCUGUGGUUUUGGAACAUCAUGCUCAACUUGGUCAUCGCCAGCUUAGAUUCAGAGACAUGGCUAGAGACAUCUUAGGACCUGGAUGGGCUAAGUACUAUGUUGGUCCUCUUCAGUUUCUCUUAUGCUUUGGAACAGUCAUUGGUGGUCCUCUUGUUGGAGGAAAGAGCCUCAAGUUCAUUUACCAGCUCUACAAUCCAGAUGGACCAAUGAAGCUUUACCAAUUCAUCAUUAUAUGUGGGGUUGUAACACUCAUUUUGGCUCAGCUUCCAUCAUUCCACUCCCUCAGAUACCUUAAUUUGCUUUCUCUUAUCCUAAGUGUGACUUAUGCUGCAUGUGUCACUGUGGGAUCUAUAUACAUUGGUCACUCAAAGCAUGCAAUUCCUAGGCAUUAUUCUGUAAAGGGUUCUAAUGCUGAUCAAUUAUUUGGUGUCUUCAAUGGUAUUUCAAUCAUUGCUACAGCAUAUGCUUGUGGAAUCAUUCCAGAAAUUCAGGCAACUGUGGCACCUCCUGUGAAGGGGAAAAUGCUGAAAGGACUAUGUGUGUGUUACUCUGUUAUAGGCGCCACCUUUUUCAGUGUUGCCAUCUCAGGUUAUUGGGCAUUUGGCAAUGAAGCUGGUCAAACAAUUCUUGGCAACUUCUUUGAUCAAGAGAAUAAUCCUUUGCUGCCCAAAUGGUUUUUCUUGAUGACUAAUAUAUUAAUCCUUGUUCAAGUGAUGCCAAUGACUGCGGUUUAUCUGCAACCAACAAAUGAAAUAUUUGAAGCAACAUUUGGAGACCCAAAAUUUGGACAAUUUUCAGUUAGAAAUGUUGUACCAAGGGUGGUUCUAAGGUCAGUAUCAGUGGCAGCAGCAACUUUGUUAGCAGCAAUGUUGCCAUUCUUUGCAGAUAUAAUGGCCUUGUUUGGUGCAUUUGGGUUCAUUCCUCUUGAUUUUAUUUUGCCCAUGGUAUUCUUCAAUUUGACAUUUAAGCCCUCAAAGAAAAGCAUAAUGUUUUGGGGGAACACAUUGAUUGCAGUAGCAUCCUCAAUUUUGGUUGUAAUAGGAGGCAUUGCAUCAAUUAGAGCAAUAGUGCUUGAUGCAAAUACAUAUCAUUUAUUUGCUGAUAGGUAAAAAGAAUUUGUAGCAAUAUAUAUAUUUUUUAGUGUGAGCCAUUACAUUACAUUAUAUACGUGCAUAGAUAUUAGUGACUGUGAUUGUAAUUCUAUUCUAUUAUAGUGAAUCUCAAAUCGAGCAAUUCUUUUUUUCAA